AUGGGGCGGUUUGUGGGCUCCGGCGUGCCGAACCACGACCCACGCCGGCUCGAGACCGUUUUAAACGCCAAGUACAGGCUUAUAGGGGUGGACGUUCAAGCCCUGGACGCUCAAGUUAAGGAGAAGGCGGACGCUCAUGCAGCGCGGCAGGCAGAGGACAGCGCCCGUGCUUGCCUAUCCCACGGCUUUACCUCCACCCUCGGCGCCGCCGCGGCCGCCGCCGCCGCCGCGCGCGCCGCGUGGGACAAGGAAGUCUCCGCCUUCCGCGCCGAGGCGCAGCCCAAGGCCACUCGCCGCGAGUGGGACCUGAGCCGCCCCGAUGCACUGCAGAUCGACACGCCGGCGCGUAUAGGUGACGACGACCCGCGCUGCGGGCCGGCGUCGAUGCAGCGAUUUUACGGGGAGGACCUGCUGGCCGCCGACAGGGCCGACGCGCAGAUGCAGCAGGCGCGCGCCUGGUGGGACCGCCAGGCGGCGGAGCGCGCCGCAGAGCGUGCCGCGGCGGCGGCGGCCGCGGCCGCGCAGGCCGACCUGGCUGCGCAGCAGGACGCGGCGCAGCGAGACCUCGCCGCAACGGAGGCCGUGCGGCGCGACCACUUCAAGGGCAUGAGCGCCGCGCAGCGCGCCGCGGUGCGCGAGGGGCAGCUGGUGCAGGUGGAGGGCGCGCGCGAGGACGGGGCGAUGGCGGAGGCCGCGGAGGCGCGCGCGGCGGCGGCGGGGCGGGACGUGGGGGCGGCGCUCGCGCGGCAGGCGCUCAACGCUGAGCUGGCGCGGCGCCAGCAGGCGGCCGCGACGGCCGAGGCACUGCGGCGGCAGAUGGAGGAGAAGCGGGUGCGCGACGCGGCGCUGCGGGAGGUGUACGCCAACAGGGUGGCGCCCUCGUACUUUGAGCAGUUUGGCACCAGCCACCGGUGA